CCCGUAAGCGACUGAAGCGUGAAGCGAAGGAUGCUGCCGGCCGUCGGGGCUCUGCUGGGGCGGCGGCGGCGGCUGAGGUGGCCGGCGCCGGCUCGCGAGCACUGGCGACCGGCCGGGCGUUCACGGAGCCGGCGCGAGGCGGCCGAGGCGGAAGCGGACGCUCCGGUGUUCCAGUAUGUGGGCCAGCGCGCGGCCCGCGCCGAUCGCGUCUUCGUGUGGGGCUUCAGUUUCUCGGGGGCUCUCGGAGUGCCCACUUUCGUGGUGCCGUCCUGGGGUCCCGAACCCCGCUCCGGCCAGCGGCCGCGACGCAGGAUCCAACUGGUACCCUACCGCCUGGAUCUGGACCACAAGAUUUCCUCUGCUGCCUGUGGCUAUGGAUUCACAUUGCUAUCUUCCAAGACCAAGGAUGUUACAAAAGUUUGGGGGAUGGGACUCAACAAAGACUCUCAGCUUGGAUUCCACAGGAGCCGGAAGGAUAAAACCAGGGGCUAUGAGUACAUUUUGGAGCCCUCGCCUGUCCCACUGCCCCUGGACAGACCUCAGGAGACAAAGGUGUUGCAGGUAUCUUGCGGUCGAGCACACUCCCUUGUCCUGACAGACCGAGAAGGCGUCUUCAGCAUGGGGAACAACUCCCACGGCCAGUGUGGACGGACGGUGGUAGAGGAUGAAGUGUACAGCGAGAGUCACAAAGUGCACAGGAUGCAGGACUUCGAUGGGCAGGUGGUCCAGGUUGUCUGUGGUCAGGACCACAGCCUGUUCCUCACAGACAACGGUGAAGUCUAUGCUUGUGGAUGGGGUGCCGAUGGACAGACAGGCCAGGGACACUACAAUAUCACCAGCACACCCACCAAGCUGGGCGGAGACCUUGCCGGGGUGACGGUUGUCCAGGUUGCCACCUACGGUGAUUGCUGCUUGGCCGUGUCUGCCGAUGGAGGCGUCUUUGGCUGGGGAAAUUCCGAGUACCUGCAGCUGGCCUCAGUCACAGACUCCACACAGGUUAACGUCCCUCGUUGCCUGCCUUUCUCCAAAGUAGGCAAGGUGAAGCAGGUGGCUUGUGGUGGCACGGGCUGCGCUGUAUUGAAUGAAGAAGGACACGUUUUCGUCUGGGGCUAUGGAAUUCUUGGGAAAGGACCAAACCUCUUGGAAACGGCUCUUCCAGAAAUGAUUCCACCUACGCUCUUUGGCCUGACGGAGUUCAACCCCGAUGUGCGGGUUUCCCAGAUCCGAUGUGGACUUAGUCACUUUGCCGCACUGACCAACAAGGGCGAGCUGUUCGUGUGGGGCAAGAACAUCCGAGGGUGCUUGGGCAUCGGGCGCCUGGAAGACCAGUACUUCCCAUGGAGGGUGACAUUGCCCGGAGAGCCAGUAGACAUGGCAUGUGGUGUGGAUCACAUGGUGACUCUGGCCAAGUCAUUCAUCUGAACCUCCUCCUGGGCCUGUCCCAGGCUGGCCCCAGCCUCUGAGCUGUACCCUCAGCAACAGCUUGGCAGAGGCCGGGUGUGGGCACCAGCAGAGCUUCUGAGGGUACUGGGAGAUGGCCAGGGCCGUUGUGGAGCAGGAUGCUUGCUCUGUGUCCUCAGUGGGGACUUUAUACUAGCAAUAUGUGGACAAGGCUCUUCCUGCAUCGAGGCUCCUGCCUGCUGAACUCAGCCCAGGAUGGCUACUGUUGGCUUGGCAUGCUCCUGAGGAGUACCAGGCACAAGGACCUCAAAUGGCCUGCCCAGUUCCCUUUGUAGGUAACACAUGGUGGGAUCUGGGGAUGCGUCUUGCCUGAGACACCAUUCUUUGGGGAAGUUCACUGUUCAUGACACAUACGAUAUUAAGAGAUGGAGACAUGACAAGGCCCUCAAAGAAACUUCUUGUCCAGUCACAACAGACCACAGCAGCCUCUGGCUGGCCCCAGCUCAGCAAGAGAACCAGCUGACUUCAACUAGGGCCUCUCCGUUCAGCUGCCACCCCACAAAUUCCCCGGAAGGACACAGACCAGGAGCCCAGAAUGCCUUGGCUUGAGACUUCCUGGAGUGGCCAGUGUGAGCCAGCCUUCCCCAUGAGCCUACGAAGUGUCUCAGCUUUGGAACUUCCUCACCGCCUCGCUUUCAACAGUCCAGAAGCCUCUGAAGAAAGAAGCUGCAGGCCAGAUGCUUGUAGGCUGAGGGCUGGGUAAUCUUGGCUGGAGGGCCAGCCUUGGAGUGGGAAGCCUCACAAACCUGGAAAAUAUUUGUUUUUAAGAAGGCUUGUCUUUUCCUUCCAGAACAGAGUUUGAAAAGGUCUUUUGGAAUAAAGUCUAUUUUCUGCCUUUUUUUC